AUGUCCACACCAACGGUCCCUCACCCUAGUCCGAGCGAUCCUAAUGAACAUCUGAACGAAUUCCCCUUUCCCGACCUCGGUAAUCGUCAGAGUCUCGAGCGGCAAGUCACCGCUGACGCCCAUCAAUACGAGGCCGACCUGCAUCCACCCGUCCCGCCCGCUGCAGAGCCGCCAUCCGAACCGCAUGACGAACCUCCCAUUGAACCGCGACUGCGGUCGCUGAAAGUGCGCUUUCGCUCGAUCAGUCACCUGGCCGACCGUCCCAGAACCCCAGCCUCCCACGAUGCCUCGGAGUCCUCUGAUCCCUCUCAUUACCCUCUCCUGCCGCCGCCGGGCCUCGAGAACAUCCCACUUUCCGGAACCGUCACCCCGCCCGCCCCUGCACAUUCCCGCCGCAGCAGCAACCCGGAACAUGCGUCUGAAGGGGUCUCCGAGAAGGGCGCCGACGUCGAGCGCAUCUCGUCUGUCUCAUCUGCUCGCAACCGGUUUCGCAAUGCUGGUCAGAUCAUUCGCCAGAAGACGGUCCGUCUGGGCGAACGCCUCGGUCGCCCCGCAGACGAGGGCGAGGCGCUCAACGCCACUUUGAUCCCCGAUGACUUUGAUUCGGGUGCCAUUCACGGUCUGUCGCUCGAGGAGAUUCAAGCCCGCAAUGCUCGCAACGACGCUAAUCACUUGCGGGCGUUGGAAGAGGGCGAGGAGCCGCACGAAGCUCCGCCCAGCGCUGAGGCGCACCGGCUGGUCCGCCAUAUGACUAUGGCUCACGAGCGGAAGCGGAAGCCCCGGGGCGCAUACCAGCGAUCGGGCCAUACUACCCCGGAGGGCUUACUGCGCGACUUCAAGGCGCGUCGCCGCUCGAGUGGUCUCGGCGUCGGUGGGAGUGGUAUCUUGUCCCAGCUGCUGAAGUUACAUGCCGUUCAGACGGGAAGCUCGUCGCGUCCGGAGAGCGUCAUCACCGAUGACUCGGAUAGCGAGACCCAGGUGUCUUCGGGCACGCCGUCGGGCGCUACGACCCCGAAGAAGGGCUCGCUGUCGCCCUUGAUCCCGCCAUCCAUGCCCGCGUCUGGCGCGGCCACGCCUCGCAAGGAGAAGAUCAAGUGGUACAAGAAGAACGCCCACCGGUCGACCUCCUCCCUGGUGAACGCGUCGAUGAACCUGAGCACCCCGACCCUUCCUGAGGCGGCUGAGCUGGCUUCGGGCGGGAAGCGAGCGCGCCGGAGCAAGCGUAAGACUCGCUUGGAAGAUGAGAUUCGGGUGACGGUGCAUAUUGCCGAGAUCAUCUCCCGUCAGCGGUAUAUCAUGCAGCUCUGCCGUGCUCUGAUGCGUUACGGUGCCCCCACGCACCGACUGGAGGAAUACAUGCAGAUGACCGCCCGCGUGCUCGAGGUGUCUGGUCAAUUCCUCUAUCUCCCCGGCUGCAUGAUCAUGUCCUUCGAUGACCCUGUUACCCGGACGGCGGAGGUCAAGCUGGUGCGGACGGUGCAAGGUGUUGAUCUCGGUCGACUGGCGGACGUCCACAACGUUUACAAGAACGUCGUGCACGAUCUGAUCGGGGUCGAAGAGGCAAGCCAAGAGCUUGAUGAUAUCAUGCAACGCAAGCCGCGCUUCAACAAAUGGCUCGUGGUCUUGCUCUACGGCCUCGCCAGUGCCGCCGUUGGCCCCUUUGCCUUUAGUGCGCGACCGGUCGAUAUGCCUAUCAUUUUCAUGCUGGGAUCACUGGUCGGACUUAUGCAACACGUGCUCUCCCCUCGCUCCGUCCUGUACUCCAAUGUGUUCGAAGUCACUGCUGCUAUUCUUACCUCCUUUCUCGCCCGUGCCUUCGGCAGCAUCCAAAUCACCCGUCACGGUCACAAAGAAUACCUGUUCUGUUUUUCGGCGCUUGCACAGUCUUCUAUCGCGCUCAUUCUUCCGGGGUUUACCGUCCUCUGCAGCAGUCUGGAACUGCAAUCCCACCAAAUGAUCGCUGGUUCGAUCCGCUUGGUCUACGCCAUCAUCUAUUCUCUCUUCCUUGGCUAUGGCAUCACCGUGGGUCUCACGAUUUACGGACUCAUGGAUGGCAACGCCUCCUCCGACACGACAUGCCCCAAUCUCGACGUGUAUGGCUCUGUUUAUGUGCAGAAAUUCCCAUUUGUCGCCAUCUACGCCUUCUUCCUAUCCCUGGUCAACCAAGCCAAGUGGAAGCAGAUGCCCGUCAUGAUUCUCUUCGCGGUCUGUGGCUACAUCACGAACUACUUCAGCACGACCAAGUUCGGGUCCCAGUCCGAGGUGGCCAACACCGUCGGUGCUUUCACCAUCGGUGUCCUGGCCAACUUCUACAGUCGGCUGUGGCACGGGCAAGCCGCGCCUGCCAUUCUGCCUGGUAUCUUCGUGCUUGUCCCCUCCGGUCUCGCCUCGAGUGGUUCUCUGCUUUCGGGCUUGCAAUAUGCGAACGAGGUUCGACACAACCUUCACACCUCCGGAAACAGCACCGACAUGACCUCUCUCACCGACGGUUCGGUUGCUAGUCUCGGCAUUGGCAUGAUCCAGGUGGCGAUUGGUAUUACGGUUGGCCUGUUUAUUUCUGCUCUCAUCGUCUAUCCUUACGGGAAGAAGCGCACUGGCUUGUUCAAUUUUUAA